AGUCUUGACUUUUUGAGAUUAGCGCGUUGCCAUAAUUAUCAAACAAAUUUCUAGUGUUCUGCAAAUUCUUGGAGAAAGCAUUCUUGGAGUUCCCCUGAUGGUUUUGCCUAGUAGAAACUCUCUCCUUACUGAUAAUGGGGAUAGGUUGGGGGUUGUGCUUCAGGCGUCCAAACGAAAACUUACGUUUUCAAGUGCUGUUAGGGGUGUGAUGCAGGGGCUUUCCUUGAGUGAAAUCGUGCUUGGGAUGGAACCAUUUCUUCGAGAUGUGGUGAGAGAUGAAGUGGAACGUGCAAUUCUACCCAUCCUAAGCUCAUCUCCAAGACCGUUGAUUAAUCAGAUCAAGCAAGGCGGAGGAAGAGGGUUGCGGUUGCAAUUCAUCGGUAAAUUGCCCUCUACCAUAUUUACAGGCAGCAAGAUUGAAGCAGACGAUGGAACGCCUGUUAAGAUUGUUUUAUUUGACCCCACCAACGAGACUAUUGUCUCAUCUGGUCCAUUGUCUUCAAUUAAGAUUGAGAUUGUUGCCCUUGAUGGUGAUUUUGGUGCUGAUGAGCAUGAAGAUUGGACAGAAAAUGAAUUUAAUGCCAGCCUUCUUCGCGAAAGAGAAGGCAGAAGGCCAUUAGUGACUGGGGAGCUCAACGUUACCUUGAAAGAUGGAGUAGGCACACUUGGUGAAGUGGUAUUCACCGAUAACUCUAGCUGGAUACGAAGUCGAAAGUUCAGGGUAGGAGCCAGAAUUGUGCAAAGGAUUUCUGGUGAAGUGACAGUUAGGGAAGCUAGAAGUGAAGCAUUCGUGGUGAAGGAUCAUCGCGGAGAGUUGUACAAGAAGCACUACCCUCCAUUCCCUAACGACGAAGUAUGGCGUUUGGAAAGAAUUGCAAAAGAAGGUGCUUUUCAUAAGCGGUUGGCUACUCAAAAAGUUCAAACUGUGAAGGACUUCCUGCGAUGGAAUGCAAUGGAUCCAACUGGGCUACGCAAUGUACUUGGCUGCGGGAUCUCUAACAGGACAUGGGAGGCAAUAGUAGACCAUGCCACAAGUUGUGUUCUGAAUGAUGAUGAGAUGUAUACUUAUUACGGAGUUGGUCAGACGGAAAGGAUUGGACUCCUAUUAAAUUCCAUCUACAAGGUUGUAGCAGCAACAUUUGAUGGCCAAAAUUACCUGCCUCUCGAAAAACUGACCUUUGGACAGAAGCUUUUAGUAGAAGAUGUGAAGCGGCAAGCUUAUAAAAAUGCACAUGAGUUUACCUUGAUUGACCGGCGUGCUAUUAUGGGCCCUUCAAGACCCUUGACAAGUUUUCAAUCUGAGCCAUUUAAUAGUUCAAAUUUGGGGCCACAGCAACUUGAUUUCCCAGUUGCAAUCCAAGGACAACCUGAAAUGCAGCUGGCUUUUAGCCACGCACCAAAUGGAUCAUCAUACACCUAUGAAUCAGAAGGUUCCCAUCAACCGCAAAUUUCACUGCCACAAGCAUUCAAUCCAAUGCUGAGAAACAGUUUCACAAUGAGGGAAUUUUUUCCCAUUCCUUACAACGGAGAAAAUGGUUGGCCUCAAGGUUUUCCACCAACAUCCAUCACUCCGGGUAGUCAUUUAGCCAACGAUAACAUUUCUGAUACUCCAAUGCCAAACUGGUCUCUUGUCAACGCAUGGGACCUAGGCAAUGGUUUUGGUAAUGAAUCGCAACACAACAUCCCUUUCCCGAAUAUUAAACGCCGGGCAAGCUGGUGCAAGAUCCGAGCUGCCAUCAAGUGGUUGUUAAUAUGGCGGGAUAUUGAAGCUGCCAAAAUGGCAAGAGCUUUUUAUAUGGAUUACUAGACUUCAGAAUUUCAGCAUCUCAAAAUCAUCGAGGAGGCAAACGUCUCCCAUGUUGUAAUAUUACUGUAGUUUUGUAGGCUUUCUGUAUGUAGUUUGCUGUAAGCAUCUCAUCUCCCCCUAAAUUGAGAGGCAAGUUUCUCCUAGGGUUUGGUAGCUUAGAUUUGUAGGUCAUCUGUUUUAUGUGCCAAAGGCUUUGUAUGUAGAUUAGUGCAAAAUCAGAAGGAGCCAAGCUUUCUCCUGGAUGUGUUUCAGCUCAGCCCCUGGAAUAAUUGCAGUUGGGUUUUCUUGUACAUAGUGUUUAAAUAAUGAAUGUAGUGAAAAAGUUACUUU